AUGAGUGUUUCAAACACUGGCAGGAAUUUCACAACGGUUGUCUAUCGGGACACUUUGAACACGGCUGUGAUCAAGAAUGUGAUUACUGUGGUUCUCUGCAUCUCCAUCAACUUUGUCAACGGCACCCUGGUACACACAUUCACCAAACACCAGGUUUUCAAUAUGAACCCACGCUACAUCCUGUACAUCCACCUGGUGAUCAAUGACAUCAUCCUGCUGACACUGUUCACCCUCAUUCAGGUCCUGAGUUACAUCGUGUUCACUUUAAAGGUCUCUUUAUGCAUCAUUUUUCUCAUGAUUGCUAUACUUGCAAAUCUAAACAAUCCCCUAACACUAGGCGUCAUGGCGGUAGAGUGCUACAUCGCCAUAUGCUUCCCUCUCCGCCACACCCAGAUCUGCACAGUCAGGAAAGCAUAUGCUGCAAUCGCCGUGAUUUGGGUGUUAAGUUCACUCACAAUCCUACCGGAUUUAUUUGUUGCCUUGGCGACCGAAUCCCUGGGGUUCUUUCGUUCCAGAGUUUUUUGUCUCAGAGAAAAUAUUUUCAGACACCCUGAUCUCUCGCAGAAGAGAGACGCAUCCAACACGAUUUUCAUGGUUAUCGUGUGGCUCACUCUUUUCUACACAUACUUCAGGAUCCUGUUCACAGCAAAGGCAGCUGCGACGGACGCCAAGAAAGCAAGAAACACCGUCCUCCUGCACGGCUUCCAGCUGCUGCUGUGUAUGCUCACCUACGUUUUUCAUGUUAUCAUAGCCGGUCUGACAUAUUUGCACCCAAAAGGCGUGCUGGCCAUUCGCUUCACCAUCUCUAUACUGGUUCACGUUCUGCCUCGACUCAUCAGUCCGGUUGUUUAUGGGCUACGAGACAAGAUGUUCAGGAAGUACCUGAAGAGACAUAUUUUCUGUACAGGUAGUGCUCAAACUCAUCCACAAAAAACUCUACAGAGGCCAUAA